AUGGAAAAUUUCCCUCGAUUGCUUUACAGAAACCCCAAAAGAAGCUCUAGGCAAUCAAGUAGAUACCUUGGAGUGAGGAGAAGACCAUGGGGGAGAUAUGCUGCAGAGAUUCGCAAUCCAUGUACAAAAGAGAGACAUUGGCUAGGCACUUUUGACACUGCUGAGGAAGCUGCAAUAGCAUAUGAUCUAUCCUCCAUCUCUUUCAGUGGCAUUGAAAGGGCUCGUACCAAUUUUUACUACCCUUCUUUUGCACUUCCCUCUCCUCCACAAGCGGCGCCUGAUCCACCGCCCCCACCACCAACGCCUGAGAUGGAAGAGGGUGAUCAACUUGGUAUGGAGGGCAUAGGUAGCACGCAAGAUGAUGAGUCUAUUGUUAUUGCUUCUAUCUUGCAAAGCUUUUGUCACUCCACUAGUUAUUCUUUCCAUCCACAAAUUUAA